GAGUGAGAUACCCAGCUGUGCGGAGCUAGGACGCGGAACAUCCCGGAGGCCGGCUUCAACAUGUCAGUACCGCACCCUUCCUAUUUGCUGCCUGUAGGUCCACCCCGCGCGUGCGGUCCCCAAGUGGCCAUGCCACCCUGCACGCCCUCCCCGCGUCAGUCGUUCGUUUCUAGAGCAUGCCGAGCCACACCUGCCCACAGAGUCGAGCUCUCGAAGUCCCCAUUCCCAAAAGCUCCACAGCCUGUUGUGACCCACUAGAAGGGAGGGGGAAACCGAGGCCCGGGAGAGACGGAGAAGCGACUCUCUGAGGACCCCGGAGCCCCGCCCCAGUGGGUGGGGUCGGCACUGAAGGGGUUAAGGCCGCGGGGAAGCCCGGGGCUCAGCCCUAGGGGCGGAUCCUGGGGCUUCCUCCCUCCAGACCAAAGGGUGCAGCUGCUGCCGAGGUGGCUGAUGCAGGAGGAGAGCCACUGUGGUCUGAAGAGAUGCCACUGCCUGGAGACUGGGGUCUUAACCUCCAGCCUGGCACUGAGCCACCUGCAACCUAGCAGCAGGUGACCUUGGCUCCCAGCCUGACUCAGCUGAACCUGGAUCCUGUGCAUAGGCAAGAGCUGACUCUGAGCCCUGGCCCAGCCAAGCUGACCCCUACACUAGACCCUACACACCGGAUGGAGCUGAUCCUGAGUACCAGCCCAGCUGAGCUGACUCUGGAUCCUGCGUGCCAGCCAAAGCUGCCCCUGGAUUCCACAUGCCAACCAGAGAUGACCUUCAAUCCUGGCCCAACUGAGCUUACCGUGGAUCCUGAACACCAGCCAGAGGAGACACCAGCUCCUAGCCUGGCUGAGUUGACCCUGGAGCCUGUGCACCGCCGACCCGAGCUCCUGGACGCUUGUGCUGACCUCAUCAAUGAUCAGUGGCCCCGCAGCCGCGCCUCCCGCCUUCACUCCCUGGGCCAGUCCUCAGAUGCCUUCCCCCUCUGCCUGAUGCUGCUGAGCCCCCACCCCACAUCUGAAGCAGCACCCAUUGUGGUGGGCCAUGCCCGCCUGUCACGGGUGCUGAACCAGCCCCAGAGCCUCUUAGUGGAGACAGUGGUGGUGGCCCGGGCGCUGAGGGGCCGUGGCUUUGGCCGCUGCCUCAUGGAGGGCCUGGAGGUCUUUGCUCGGGCCCGGGGCUUCCGCAAGCUGCACCUCACCACCCAUGACCAGGUGCACUUCUAUACCCACCUGGGCUACCAGCUGGGCAAGCCUGUGCAGGGCCUGGUCUUCACCAGCAGACGGCUGCCUGCCACCCUGCUUAAUGCCUUCCCCACAGGCCCCUCUCCCCGGCCACCCUGGAAGGCCCCAAACCUGACUGCCCAAGCUGCCCCAAGGGGUCCCAAGGGACUUCCAUUGCCACCACCCCCUCCUCUACCUGAGUGCCUGACCACCUCACCCCCAGUUCCAUCAGGGCCCCCUUCAAAAAGCCUGCUGGAGACACAAUAUCAAAAUGUGAGGGGGCGCCCCAUAUUCUGGAUGGAAAAAGACAUCUGAGGCCAUCCAGGGCAAGGAACUGUCUUUCUGGGUCAAUAGACUGCCCUGGACAGUCUACAAGCCUCAGCCCACUGACCAUACCUCAGCCCCCUAGUCCCUGGGGGGCAGCUUUAGUCUGGGCAUGUUUCCUGGGUACCAGUGGGGCCAGGAGGUGGCUCUGGUUCAGAGCCGUCAGUGUGGCUGAAUAAAGCCUCUGUUGGGUGUGGCUGUGA